AACGCCAAGAUCUGCAAAAUGUACCACGAUUUCGUUUGAAAGUGCAUUCCCGACAUCGAUCUUGAAUGCAGAUUACACACAAUACAAAACAUCCGGAAAUCGCUGUCAGAGAACAGAUUCAGCAAGAAUGAGGGUAGUAAUAACGCUCUGUGCGAUAUUACUAUCGUCCAGUCUCGGACAUAGCGAAACAAAAUGGUGGCAAACAAUGUCAUUAUAUCAAAUUUAUCCCAGAAGCUUCAAGGAUAGCAACGGCGUUGGAGAUGUAGCUAUAGGAGAUCUCAACGGUAUCAUGAGCAAGCUGAACCACCUCGUCGAAUCGAAUAUCGAUGCCUUUUGGUUGUCUCCGAUCUAUCCUAGUCCUAUGGUCGAUUUCGGCUAUGAUAUUUCCAAUUUCACCGGAAUCAACGAAGAUUACGGCACUAUGGAAGAUUUCGAGAAGCUCGAGAAGACCGCGCACGACAUGUCGCUCAAAAUCAUCUUGGACUUUGUUCCUAAUCACUCCUCGGACCAGCACGAAUGGUUCCAAAAGAGCUUGCAAAGCAUCGCGCCCUACACCGAUUAUUAUCUAUGGCACAAAGGCAAGAAGCUGCCUAAUGGAACUGUUACGGUGCCAAAUAAUUGGGUGAGCGUGUUCGGUGGACCAGCAUGGACCUGGCGUGAUGAACGACAAGCGUAUUAUUUUCAUCAAUUCGCACCAGAGCAACCCGAUCUCAACUUCGAAAACGAGGACGUGGUACACGCGAUGAAGGACGUCUUGAGAUUUUGGCUCGAUAAGGGGGUGGACGGAUUCCGAGUGGACGCGAUACCCCAUCUGUGUGAGGACACCAGACUUUUGGACGAGCCACUCACGGGUAAUCCGAAUCCAGGGGACUACGGUUACACGGAGAAGAUAUACACGAAGGACCAGCCGCGUACUUACGAAAUGGUAAAAGAAUGGCGGGAAGUGCUGGACGAGUAUCCGGGUGAUAGGAUUAUAAUGAUGGAGGCUUACGCAAAUAUGACAAUGACGAUGAAGUAUUACGUGUACGGAGCACACUUUCCCUUCAAUUUCGGCCUGAUCGCUAAUACGAAUAAAGACUCCACAGCGGCCGAUUUCAAGAAUCUAAUCGAUGAAUGGAUGCUAAACAUGCUUGUCGUGAAGGGAACCGCUAAUUGGGUGGCUGGCAAUCACGAUAACUCCAGAUUAGUGACCCGUUACGGUCAAGAGCGAGCGCAAGCUAUAACAAUGAUAACUUUACUGCUUCCGGGCGUGGGUGUUACUUACAAUGGUGAAGAAAUCGGUAUGGAAGAUACAUGGAUCUCGUGGGAAGACACGAAAGAUCCGCAAGGUUGCAAUGCCGGUAAAGAAAAAUACGAGAAGGCGUCCCGAGACCCCUGCAGGACUCCGUUCCAGUGGGACGACACCACUUCGGCUGGAUUCUCCACGAACCCGAAGACGUGGCUACCGGUCAACAAAAACUAUAAGACACUCAAUUUGGCUGCGCAGAAGACACAGGAGAAGUCCUACUACUCUCUGUAUAAAGCGGUUUCCGCUCUGCGGAAAACGCCGGCGAUUACAAAAGGAAGAUUAACCACGAAAUUAUUGAACAACGAUGUUCUCGCUUUCUCCAGGAAAACUGCGGGGGAGAAAUCGGUUUACGUAGUAGUGAACUUUGCAAAUAAAGAAGAAACUGUCGACUUGUCGACACUCGUUCAGGCACCCGAUCGAUUAAAAGUUUAUUACGCCAGUACAAACGCUCAUCACCUUAUCGGAAACACCAUUGAAGAUAUUCACGCUUUGAAAAUUCCCGCAUCAGGAGCUCUAAUAUACACCAGCAUGUAAAGCCAAGCUAAGAACUGUGGAAAUGAGCAUCUGAACGAGACAUCGUGUUUUCAAUGUAAUUUCCAUUUUCCGCACAAAGAAGAGAGAGAUAUUAUUCACUCGUUAGAAUGAUUUUAUUGCAUAUAACAUCUUGCCUUACUGCUUCUGUACCCACAUAACGCUACUUUUAUUUAUUAACUUCUCGCAUGUGUUAUUAGCCAAAUUCAUUAGAAGAAAGUAACACUACGCUUAGAAACAAUAACUUAGAUAGCAAAUAGUGUUAAAAAGUAAAUCGUAUUAACAUUAAAUUUUCCAAAUACUGUAUUUGCACAACUGUCAUAUCUAUUAAUAUUAAUAUGUUGAUUGUCAUAAAAGCCAUCGGCAAUAUCGGAAUUAUUUGAAACAUUUCCAACAAAUAAAUUCUUUCUCAUGAAAUUUUAAAUAAAAACGUAAUAAUAUAUAUAUAAAAUUUUUAUUCUUAAUAAGCAUGUUUUACUAUGCCGUACGCGAUAAGACAUAUUUUUUUAGAAAACUCGUCGAUCAGUCAACGUAUUAAAUUUUUCAGCAAUGCAAAACCAACUUUAAAAUAAAAUUCAAGUUUUGGAAAAUAUAAACACUGUAUUUUCUCUCAUUAAAGGCAAUUUUUACACUUA